AAUUAUAUUUAUUUGUUUAAUGACGAAUGACUCGCCGAAGAUUCAUAUCACUGCAGUCGACAUAAUGAGUCAAUGCAUGCUUCCGACUCGUGGUAGAGUGUUUAUAUAUAUUUUUCUUCUUUUUUUUUUUUUCUGUCUUGCUUCCUGACUCGCUUUUUAACCAAUCACCAUCGCGUUUAUUUAUAUAAUGAACUCUUGGGGUAGCACACAGCGAUGGAGCGAGUCGAUUUGGCUAUGAAUCCGAGUCAAAUUGAAUAUUUCAUCGGGCUGUACCGCGAUCAAGAGCACCUUUGGAAUUCACGUCAUCAGUGUUAUAAUAUGCGGUCGGCGAGGACUCUGGCUCUUCACGAAAUCGCCAGUAAAAUGGGCGAUGGCUGGACAGCCCAGCUUGUAAAGAUGAAAUGGCACGACUUAAAAUCAAACUAUAUGAGGGAGAAACGGAAAAGCAGGGAGAGCAUCAGAAGUGAAACCAGUGAAAAGUUUACUCCCAGUUGGUGGUUGUUUGGUCUUAUGGAUAGCUUCCUGGGCCCUAUCUAUGAGGAAAAGAGGAACAGUAUAAUUAGCAAUAAUACCAUCCAACAAGUAUCAAACCAAAAUAUCAUGGCGGAAAAUGAAUACAACUGGUCUCAGGAAGAGGACACAAAAAACUUCAUAAUAAAUCUAAAUGCUGACAAACUUUCCUACAACACUGGCAAUGCCGAUUGCCUUGCACAAGACACUCACACCAUGUUUACAGUGGAGCAAAAUGCUCAAACAGCUGCUACAACCAGUCACAAGUCAACGUUGCCCAUUCGGCGCAACAAGUUAAAAAACCUGCAUCGUAUGGAACACAACAGCCUAGAGACAAUUACAAACAGCAACAGAUUGCUUCAAGAACUGCAAGGAUCACUCACACCGGCUAUUGAAGAGGACCCCGAUGACAUAUUCGCUAAGCUAAUAGGCUUUGAGCUUAAAAAAAUCAGAAGUGACAUUCUGAAGUCUGAACUUAAACUGGAAAUCAUGAGUAUAUGCCACAAAUUUCAUAUAAAACAAAGAGCGGAAGCUGCUCACUGAAGCUGCUCGCAGAACAAACAAAGCAGGGGGUUGUUAUUUACUGUUACCAUUCCACUGCUGUUAUUUGUUGAUAUUCAAUUUCAACUGAAAGAAAUAUGUCAAUUCCAUUUUUUUUUUUUUUUUUUUUUUUAUGCUGAAAUUUGGCAUUGACAAAAUAUUUUCAUCACAAAAAUUAAAAUCAUAUGGGGAAAGGCAAAUCAAUAUGAACCUUACUUAUCCAAAAUUCAGUAAAGAGGGUUUUAUUAAG